AGAAGAAGGGGGAGAGCCCAGCCCAGACAAGGUGUGGGGGAGGAAAGGCAGCACCCAGUAGCAAAGGCCACCCUGUGCCGCAGCCUUAGCCGAAACCGCAUCUCUGGGAAAGGGCUCCUUGCUGCCUGUUUGUAUCCCUGAGUCACCACAGACCCCCACCCUCCAACGUGGGAUGUUAACCUCGACCCAAUAUGGAGAUUAGCUGCAGAGCCGAAGCAGAGUCCCAAAGGAGCUUCGGUUCUGCAGAAUCUGUACAGCCUUCUUCACCGUGCACUGACCAGACGUUGGGGCUCGGGAAAUCCGAGCUGAGGACCGGAAUUCCUCAAGGAGUCACUCAGGAGCGAGCCGUGACCAGCCGGAGAGAGUGACACGUCGGUACUCAGGCCCGCCCUCCUCACCAUCCUCACCUUCCCCACCUUCCCCUCACGUGCGCACAGGCAGUUCCCCAGAAGCGAGCCCUGUAGCUCUGCCAAAGACAAGCCUGUUGGGUUCCCGGGGGAGAAAAAAAAAAAAAAAAGCAACCACACAAAACCACUUCAGGCAAAGUCAACAGCGUUGAAAUCGUUACCUUGAAGAAACCCAGUGGAGAAGCGUGCAAAGAUGAAUGGCCCGGUGGACGGCUUGUGUGACCACUCUCUAAGUGAAGAAGGAGCCUUCAUGUUCACCUCAGAGUCUGUAGGAGAGGGACACCCGGACAAGAUCUGCGACCAGAUCAGUGAUGCCGUGCUGGAUGCCCAUCUGAGGCAGGACCCCAAUGCCAGGGUGGCCUGUGAGACGGUGUGUAAGACGGGCAUGGUGCUACUCUGCGGAGAGAUCACCUCCAUGGCCACAGUGGACUACCAGCGGGUGGUGAGAAGCACCAUCAGGCACAUCGGCUACGACGACUCCGCCAAGGGCUUUGACUUCAAGACCUGCAAUGUGCUGGUAGCUCUGGAGCAGCAGUCCCCGGAUAUUGCCCAGUGUGUACAUUUGGACAGAAACGAAGAAGACGUCGGGGCCGGAGACCAGGGUCUGAUGUUCGGCUAUGCCACCGACGAGACAGAAGAGUGUAUGCCCCUCACUAUUAUCCUUGCCCACAAACUCAAUGCCCGAAUGGCGGAACUCAGACGCUCCGGGGUCCUCCCCUGGCUGAGGCCUGACUCCAAGACCCAGGUGACAGUUCAGUACAUACAGGACAACGGCGCAGUCAUCCCCGUGCGCAUCCACACCAUCGUCAUCUCCGUGCAGCACAAUGAAGACAUAACGCUGGAGGACAUGCGCCAGGCCCUGAAGGAGCAGGUGAUCGAGGCCGUGGUGCCAGCCAAAUACCUGGACGAAGACACCGUUUACCACCUGCAGCCCAGCGGGCGGUUUGUCAUCGGAGGUCCCCAGGGGGAUGCGGGCGUCACUGGCCGCAAAAUUAUCGUGGACACCUAUGGCGGUUGGGGGGCGCACGGUGGAGGGGCCUUCUCCGGGAAGGACUACACCAAGGUGGACCGCUCGGCAGCUUAUGCUGCCCGCUGGGUGGCCAAGUCCCUGGUGAAAGCGGGACUCUGCCGGAGAGUGCUCGUGCAGGUUUCCUACGCCAUCGGUGUGGCUGAGCCACUGUCCAUUUCCAUCUUCACCUAUGGAACCUCUCAGAAGACAGAGAGAGAACUGCUAGAUGUGGUCAACAAGAAUUUUGACCUUCGGCCCGGGGUCAUCGUCAGGGACUUGGAUUUGAAGAAGCCCAUCUACCAGAAGACGGCGUGCUACGGCCAUUUUGGAAGAAACGAGUUCCCAUGGGAAAUUCCCAAGAAGCUCUUGUUUUAGAGCUGGUGGGAGUAGGGCCUGCCUCGCCCUGGAAGCUUCUGGAUUGGCACAUCUUGUCCAGGACCCCAACUCUCAGAUGUCCCAGACCCAGGGCCCUGACCGCUCCCCCCCCCCCACCGCUGCAGGGAGUGCCUUCCCCACCCACUGCCCCCUCCUGGACCAAGCUGCACCCCUAGGGCUAGCCCUGUGCUGUCGUCACUGUGAAUGGCAGGGGGCUUGCUGGUGCCUGGGGUCAGACCUCCUCAUGGCGGUAGUCACACUGUCCCCCUGCUUUUCCCUCAGACUGAGGCAAUGUUAAUUUAGUGGAAAAACCACCCCUGGAAGAGUAAAUCCCCCCACGCCUCCCCCAUGGCUGGUCCCCUCCUCCCUCACAGAUCUCAGGGAUCCUGGGUGUGCUGGCUGUGCCCUUCCCAUUUGUGGCCUGUGCCCUGAGCCAAAGGCCUUCACGGAGGCAUCUCAGGCUAGGCAUCCGGCAGGGACAGGAACAGGGGCUGACACCUGCUGAGCAGCUAUGGUGUGCGAGGGCCCGAGCCAAUUACUGACCUCGUUUCUUCUUCACCGCAACACGGUGAGGUGACACCUCAUUCCCACUUUCCAUAUGGGGAAACUGAGUCGCAGACCGCCUAGGUAACUUUCCCAAGGUCCUACAGCCACAUGUGUCAGGACCCACACGUGAUCCAGGGGCUUUGACUCGAGAGCCCGUACGCAGCCCCCAACGCUGUUCCCAUCUCAUGCCGGACGGAGGCCUGAGCAAUGAGCACGCGGAUUGAAAAGCAGCUCUGUGGUCUCUGUCCUGAAGACCUGAGCUUGCUGCUCACCUCUUGGUGAGCCCUGGGCAGGGAUAUGUGAAGUCAGGACAGAGAAGCAGCUUGUCCCAGCUCAGGUGGCCAGCCCCUUAGAUGGGUCCGGAACCCCGUAGCUUCCAGCCCUUCUCUCUUUGGCCUCUUGGUCUGAAUGCUGUUGGAAUAAGUGUGUGAGCCCCUCAGACGCCCCUUCCAGAGAGGCCACUCAUAAGGGCCGAAUAUCUAAUGUUAAGUAGUGACCCAGGUGGCGGAGCUGAACUCCUAGCGGUAGACAAGUUGGCUGAAGUGUCGUGAGGAGAUUCUGCCUUUGCCAGGUGGCUCCCGGGGCACAGCCCUCAAGGGGCCUGAGUGGUCCUCGGUGCGCUAAGGUCUUGGAAGCUGCACGUUCACCUGCCUUUCCGUCCCUGGCCAGCCCUGCCUCCCCCACCUGUCAGCCUGGGCCGCUGACAGCAGUGUCUCUGCCUUCUCCCUAGCUGCCCAGACCACAGGCUCAGGUAGGGGCCCCCAAGGGUCCCUUAGAGCACUGAGGUCUGGGCUUUGGUCCAGGGUCCAUGGCGCUGGUUCUGGCUGAACCAGGCAGCCCAAGAACCCUCAUCUGGGAGCAGACGGCCCGCAUCUGGGCUCCAGGCCUGACGCACAAAGACCCCAAGCUUUUCUCCUUACGUCAGGGAAAAGGCAGCUCUUCAGGGGAGAAAAAGAAGGCCGAUUUACCACCAAAACCUAGAGCUCGUGUCCGCUCCCAGCAAGUCUCAAGCUCCCUCCAGGAGAGGGAGGCACAAGCUUGCAGGCGGUCAAUACCUCCCACCCAAGCCCUAUUCAAAGUGAAAAUUCAGAAUUGCAUGGUUGCCCCUCCCCCCCGGAGAUAAAAGAUCUUUUUUUGGACAUUGUUGAUAUGAAACUCGAACCUUUAUGUGUUAAUAGUUCCUGCUGGGACAGUGAAUAAACAACUACUCUGUGCUCGG